CCCCCCCAAUCGAUUCUUUCUUUCAAUCUUUUCCCCCCCGAAUUUCCAAAACACUUCUCUUUAUCUCUCUCUCUCCAGUCUCCACCCAAUUUUCUCUUUCCAGAAAUUCUCACCAAAUUGAAUCUCACUGUCCGAUCACUGCUUCCACUGCGUUAGGGUUUCGUUUUCCGCUAGGGUUUUCGCUACAUCUCUGUAGAUUUCUGCUCCAUUUCUGUAAAUUCAUCCAUGGCGACGGAGGUUCAAGAUGAGAAGAUGCCGGAGAAUGAGCCGGAGAGCGGCGGAGGUACGGUAGUUGAAGACGGCGGGAAGGUUGUCGAAGAAGAGAUAGUAGAAGAGAAGGAAACUAUGGAGGAAGGUAAGGAGAAUGAGGAGGGAGAAGAUGCGAGGGAAGAAGAAAUGGAGGAGGAGAAAGACGAGGGAGAAGAAGAGUUGGAGGCUGAGGAGAAGAACGUAAACAAAGGUAAGAGAGAUCGUAAGCAGGGUAAGAAGGUAGCAGAGGAGAAGGAAGAGAAGGCGAAAAGUGAAGAAGAAGGGGAGGAGGAUGAAGAAGUAGGGGAGGAUGAAGAGUCAGAGAAGAAGAAGAGGAAGAAGAGUCCUCCUUCGAGUCCGAAAGAAGCUGCUACUCCUAAAGUGGAGAGGCCUACUCGAGAGAGGAAAGCUGUUGAGAGGUACUCCAUUGCUUCACCGGCAAGUCGGUCCUCCGGUGGGAAAUCGUUGUCAAUUGCGAAGGGUAGUGGAACAGUGCUUAAGGAAAUUCCAAAUGUGGCUUAUAAGCUAUCAAAGAGAAAACCUGAUGAUAAUUUGCAAUUACUGCACACAAUUCUUUAUGGAAAGAAAGCAAAGGUACAUAAUUUGAAGAAAGAUAUUGAUCAAUUUUCAGGCUUUGUCUGGACUGACAAUGAGGUAACUUGUCUAUUAUUUUGCAGAAGCUUUAUCGUGAUAUCAUUAGUUUUUUGUAUUUGGGAAUGGCCUUUAUAUGGCUUUUGCUGUCAUUUAGAAAUAACAAGACCUAAGUUUAGGAACCUUUGAUGCUCAAAUUUUUUG